AUGGACGCCUACCACAUCCAUACCAACCCGAGCAUAUUCUCUGAUCCGCAUGAGUUCAAACCGGAGCGGUGGCUUGGGGACCCGAUGGACUUCAACGGUAAGGACAGGCUGUUGUGUUAUCUGAUGUCCUUCGGUUGGGACUCCGGGGUGUGCGUAAGCAUGCAUCUCGCCAUGAUGAACAAGUACGUGGCGUUGGCCACGAUCUUCCGUCGGCACAAGCUGGAGCUGUUGAAGACCGACCGGAGGGAUGUGAGCUUCAUCAUGGAUUUGGUGCGGCCGAUGCUGAAGUGGGACUCAGAGGGGGCGAGAGUCACUGUGAAAGAAUGA